AUGUUUUUUGAUCAUGUAUUCCCAAAGGAAACUACUCAAGGUGAAUUGUAUGAAUCUGUGAGGGAUACCAUAGCUGCAGUUACUGAGGGUUAUAAUGGUACCAUAUUUGCUUAUGGACAAACUGGUACAGGAAAAACAUUCACAAUGAUGGGAAUAGACUUUAGUUCAGAAAAUUUUAAUGGAGAAAAUUCAAUGAUAAUUCAAUCCAAGUCAACCAUUUUACACGAUGAAAGAAGAGGUAUUAUACCUAGAUCUGUGGAGCAGAUUAUUCAGCACAUUAAAAAAACAAAAAAGAGUAUCAAGUAUAGAGUUUAUUGUUCAUAUUUGGAGAUUUAUAAUGAGAAAAUUUUCGAUCUGUUAAAUUAUAAUGAUAAGGUUAGUCAUUUGGAUGUUAGAGAGGACAGAAAAAGAGGUGUUUAUGUUCAAGAUCUGACUACAGUAUGCGUAUCUAAGGAGGAGGAGAUUUUCGCUUUAAUGGAGAAGGGAGCAAAGAACAGAAGUAUUUCUUCUACUGACAUGAACGAGAGAUCAAGUAGAUCACAUACAAUUUUCCAAAUGUUUAUCGAGCAAGAGCCUGUAAACCCAAGCAACCAGGAAGAGGCAUUCGUCAAGGUAUCAAAGUUAAAUCUUGUCGAUUUGGCUGGUAGUGAAAAAUGGAACACCAUAUAUUCAAACAAAAUGGGAGAUAGAAGAAUUCAAGAAAUGAACUCUAUCAAUUUGAGUUUAUCUGCCCUUGGUAAUUGUAUCUCAGCAUUGAUGCAAAGUAAUAGAAGUCACAUACCUUUUAGAGAUUCAAAACUUACAAGACUACUUCAGGACUCACUUGGAGGAAAUACCAAGACAGUUUUCGUUGCUACUGUUUCAUCAUCAGUAUUGGCUUAUGAUGAAUCACUUUCUACUUUAAAGUUCGCAGACAGAGCCAAAAGAGUAGUUCUCAACGCCAAAGUCAAUGAAAUGAUUGACGACUCUAUUUUAAUCAAGAGGUAUGAAAAAGAAAUCGACAGGCUUAGAAAAACAGUUGAACAAAAUUCAAAAGCCUCUUCGAGAAUUGCAAAUUUAACUGAGGAAAAUUCAAAAUUAAGAGAGGAAAAUAAGCAAUUAAGAGAUUUCAUUAAUAACAAAGGGAUGGGGCCUGUUUCCAUAUUAAACUCAGAUGAGGUUAAUGUACACACAAGAUUUUACAAAAAAUUGGAGACUCUUGAGGAAAUUGAAAAAGAUCAAAGAGGAAGACAAAAGGAGUUGGAGGACUAUCAUGAUUGGUUACAUUCAAUACCGGUAAAAUAUGAGGGAGAGGACUAUAGCCUGGAUAUAAAGGAACGAUUAAAGCUAAUGGAAACGUCGAUCAAGAUGCAGGCUAAAGAGCUGGAGCGCACAAAAACUUUAUUCUUAAGAGAUGUCAAGAUUAUAAAAGAGGAUUUAGAUGAAAAAACAGCAGAAAUCCAAAACCAUGUCAAGUUAAUCAAGGAAAAGGAUGAAUAUAUCAAAAAACUGAAAGAAGAGAAAGCAAACGAGGAUAUGAUACGCCAAAUACAGGAAAGAAAGCCAGAAACCGAUAGGCAGGCAGCUGCAAAGUUUGAAUCAAUAACUGAAGAGAUGAAAAAUAAUUUAAGUCUUGGAGUAACAGCCUUCAGAGAAAAUCUAAUAGAAAUGUUGAACGAAUAUCUAGAAGAUACUUUGAAGGAACAUGAUGAUUUAUUUGUAGUUCUAGCUGAGGAGUCUAAGGGGUUAAUUGAGGGUUGCUCUGAGGCUUUGGAGGAAACCAUUAUUGAAGCACAACGAGAUUUUUGUGAACAGACACGAGAUGUUAUCAAAAGUGUUCCAAGUGUUCAAAUUGUACAGAAAGAAGUAUCAACCCCAGUUGCCACGGAGGAUCAAGAUAAGAGCUUGUCUAAUUUAGGUAUUCAGACAAAUGCCACUAAAAAUUUGAAUCAACCAGAUGUAGUUGAGUUUUUCAAGAAUAGUCUUCAGGAGGCAACAAGAUCCGAAAGUAAGUAUUCUACAUUUAUUCUGUUUGUUAAUUGGAAAAGAUGA